AUGAGACUUGCCAUGUCUAUUCCUUCAAAGAGCAUCAUCUUUUCCAGUGAAGAUGAUAGUGAACUUAGAAGAGGGCCAUGGAGUGUUGAGGAGGAUGAUCUUCUUGUCAAUUACAUAGCCAAUCAUGGAGAAGGGAAAUGGAAUUUGCUUGCUAUACGUUCAGGAUUAAGGAGGACAGGAAAGAGCUGCAGAUUAAGGUGGCUAAAUUAUCUAAAACCAGAUGUUAAACGAGGCAAUUUAACCUUAGAAGAGCAGCUUUUGAUUUUUGAACUCCACUCAAAGUGGGGUAACAGGUGGUCAAAAAUUGCGCAACAGCUGCCAGGCAGAACAGAUAAUGAAAUAAAGAACUAUUGGAGAACAAGGAUUCAGAAACAAGCAAGAUAUGUGAAACUUGAGACACACAGAACAACAACAGGAUUUCUAGAAUUUGUCAAGGGCCUACAGAUGACAAGAUGUCUUCACAGAGCACAAGAAUCAUCUCCUUCAACCAUUUCACUCCAAGACCAAGAAAUUCCUUUGCCUUUUGAUGGUGCUUCUCAUUAUUCAUUGUUUGGGAUUUGGACAGCACCAACAACAGAACUCACUAGCCAGGGAGCUUUCAAUCAUUUGAAUCAGCAAGAGCAGAACUCAGACUCUGAACACAACAAUGCUUCAAGCAUUUCCAAUUCAGAAUCAGUAAUUAUCCCAAAUAUGACUCAACCUUUGGGGUACAAUGCUAGUCAAGUUCAGGCCUUAGACAACAGUGACUUUGGCAUCUCUUUAUGUGAUGGCUACAGCAUAUAUAACAAUGCCUAUGACAUGAAUGCCCUCAACCUGACAGCCACAAUGGAUGCUGAGAAAAUGGAACUCCCACUCAUUGGUUGCCAAAUAUCAGAAACCAACUGGCUAAACAUGGAAUUUGAAUGUAGCACAUGGAUCAAUGAUGAAUUAUGGCAGUUUAGGAACAUACAAAGAUGA